AUGUCAAUCUGUCGUCGUCUCCGCCCAACAACAGUCCUGUCCAAACAUCAUUUUUGGUGGGUCAAAUCAUGCGAGGCGCACCCUGCCGCGGAGAAAACAAAAAGCGGCAAACUGGAGUGUGUUGAGGGAAAGAGCGUUCGUGACAAUUGGGCUCUUUCGGGACAGCAACAAUGAAGUUCGCACAGUUUCUCAUGAAAAACAGCUCAGUGGCCGGAAUACCGAAGCAAGUGGAGAGGUUUUCAAAGUUCUCCCCGUCGCCUUUGUCGAUGAAGCAAUUCAUUGACUUCGGCUCUGCCAAUGCGUGUGAGAAGACCUCGUUUGUGUUCCUGAGGCAGGAGCUCCCUGUAAGGCUGGCUAACAUCAUGAAGGAAAUUGAUUUUCUCCCGGACAAGCUCCUCGGCACUCCUUCUCUGAAGCUCCUCACAAGUUGGUAUUCACAGAGUUUGUUGGAGCUAGUAGAAUUUUUAGAGAAAGAUCCAGACGAUAAGGAAAUCCUGACAGGCUUCACGCAAACCCUGAUUAAAGUCCGCAAUCGACACAACAACGUGGUGCCCACAAUGGCUCAGGGCGUGGUGGAGUUCAAGGAGGCCUUUGGCGUGGAUCCCGUGACCAACCUGAACGUGCAGUACUUUCUGGACCGCUUCUACAUGAGUCGCAUCUCCACGCGAAUGCUCAUGAACCAGCACACAUUAAUCUUCGACGGCAGCGUGAACCCGGCACACCCCAAGCAUAUCGGGAGCAUUGAUCCAACUUGUGAUGUUGUGGAGGUCGUAAAAGAUGCCUAUGAAACGUCCAAGAUGCUGUGUGAGCAGUAUUACCUCACCUCCCCAGAUAUGGAAGUCACACAAGUCAACUCCAAAAGCCCAGACCAGCCCCUCCACAUCGUUUAUGUGCCAUCGCAUCUUUACCACAUGCUAUUUGAGCUCUUCAAGAAUGCAAUGCGAGCAACAGUCGAAACUCACGAGACGAGCCCAACCUUGCCUGCCAUCAAAGUGCGCGUCUCACUGGGCACUGAGGACCUGACUAUCAAGAUGUCAGACAGAGGAGGUGGAGUCCCCCUGAGGAAGAUUGAGCGGCUCUUCAGCUAUAUGUACUCCACAGCUCCUAGUCCCGUACAUAUAGACAACUCUCGUAACGCACCCCUGGCUGGUUUUGGCUAUGGGCUCCCAAUCUCCCGUCUCUAUGCCAAGUAUUUCCAAGGAGACCUGCAGCUCUACUCUAUGGAGGGCUACGGAACGUCAGCUGUCAUUUACUUAAAGGCGCUGUCCUCCGAGUCGGUGGAGAGGCUCCCCGUGUUCAACAAGUCCGCUCUGCGCCAUUACCAGUCCAGCAGUGAGGCCGAUGACUGGUGCAUGCCCAGCAAGGAUCCAAAGAAACUGGGCAGGAGCGAGAGGAAUCACUGAUGCCGGACUGAAGGAGGUAGUGGAGAAAAUAAUGGGGGAGGAGGAGUGGGAGAGAAAACAAUUUGGCCAGUUCUGUUCAGAUUAUGACUUGAAUUUUAUUAGUUAUCUAGACCACGACAUUGCAGAUUUUUUUUUAAAGUCCCAGUUUGCAUUUGCUGCUCUCAAUACUUUGUUAAAAGAACACAUUUACCCGAUAAACAAGCUGCGCUAGAGUUACAAAUGAUAGCUUUUAAUUGGACAAAAAUCCACAAUGUUUCUGAACAUUGUCUGCGGUAAAGGUCUUAGGUAGGUGUUUGAAAGUGAAACUUGCAUCAGGUGAUUUUGUUGGAACUGUGCAUCUGUGCAAGCAGGUUUUAUCAACGAUACUAUGUUAAAGGUGCUAUUUGUAAAAGCCAAUCACUUUUCUCUACUUUUAGUCACUAUUUCAGCUGACCAGAUCAUAAUUCUGUACAUAACAACUGAAAAAUGUGUUUUAUUCGUGACAGUUUUAUCUGUCAGUGACUUGGAAGUGAAACCUGCGUUCAGGCAUAGAGUGCGUGAAGGGACCAACUACCUUGCUUUUUACAUUUAGCAUCUUAAACAUACAGUAUUGUAUUAGAAGUUAAAAUGGCUCACUUAUUGCAUGAGUACACAACUUGCACAUUUCUUGCCUUAGAUGGUCAAGAAUGGUUGGUUUUAUAUCAAAGCAAACAGUUUUAAUUCCAAAACAUUUAACUCUCACAAAAAAAAAAAAAAAAACUAAAUCAAAAUAGCAUAUACUGUACUCAUGUCACCUGAUAUUCCAACCACUUUACGAUGACCUCUUUUUGAGGAGGUCAUAUGAAUGUAACCACUAAAAAGCCGAUUCCAAACAGACCCUCCUGCCUAAAGCAUAUUGCAGUGGUUCGGUCCACUUGGUGGAUUUCAACCCUGCGCACCAACACACUCUUCAAACACCAUUUUGGUGAAUGACUGUUGACCGGCUCAGUUAUUCACAACUGUGGCCAACUCAUCAACAAUCCGAAAGGGAACCUCUGUGCUAUGAUCAUACCGUAUAUUUCUACUCUCAAAAAGGAUUGUAGAUCCUUUCAAGCCCAGUAAAGAACAUAAUACUACUGUAGUAUUUCAGACAUCUUUGAAUGUAAAGUUGUGGUACCAUGUUUUAGUAUUUUAAUCUCCUGAGUAAAAUGGCAUUUUUGGUCAUAGAAUACCAGCACAUAAGGUGCCAGCUAGCCAAGAUGUUUUUAUUGCUGAUUACAAAAAAAGGAUUGAGCAUGAAGAUGCGAAUGAAUGUUAAUUUCCAUAAGGAAGGCCUCGAUGCGCUUGUUUGAAAUGAGUACUGUAAUGUAUGUGAUGUCACCUGUUGCCAAUGGAAGCGAAGGAUCAACUUGUUUUUGCAUGCACUCUUUCCUACUGUAGCAACAAGUGUGCCUUCUCAUGACAAAUGGCAAACGUGCUGAUAAAUAUGUCAUGUUAAAUAUUAUAUGCAGGCUGUAGUGAUCUUAGACUUUGCUUCAAUAUCGUUACAGCGUCCCAUUAAAUGUACCAGUGAGCCUUUUCGCAAGGGUUUAGUAGGAUUUCAAACAAAAUGUGUAAUUUCUACAAAACUGUCAUGUUUGCUGGUGUUAUGGUACUGCAGUUCAUUUUUAUAAUGAAUUUAUGUCAUAACAAUGGC